AUGGCGCCAGUAUUCUCCAAACCUGAUGUUGCACGCUUCACGGCCGCGUACAGCCGUCAUAGACCAGCCAUACAACGCAUUUUGAACAUUGGAUUCGUGCUAUGGACAUUUGGUGGCACGUACAUCGCGCUCAAAGGCGGUAAAGGCGGCUCUGGCCAAGGGCGCGGGUCGUCUCGUCGCAAGCAAAAGGAUGGACAAGGCGCAGCAGAGACAACCAAGCCCAAACGCGUUCAAGUCGAUGCCGUCUUUUACCAACGACUGCGAGCUAUUCUCCGUAUUGUCAUUCCAGGCAUAAAGUCCAAGGAGGCCAUGCUCUUGAUCAUGCACUCGAGCUUACUCGUGUUCCGAACAGCAAUAUCCAUUUAUGUUGCAAACUUGGACGGAAAGGUGGUGGGAUCUUUGGUCCGAGCACAGCCGGUACCGUUCUUGCUCAAUAUUCUGCGAUGGAUGCUUGUGGCCAUCCCUGCGACGUGGUGCAACAGCUGGCUCAGCUAUGUCCAGAGCAAACUCGCGCUGGCCUACCGAACGAGGCUGACUGAGCGAGCUAUGCAACUCUAUCUCGGGGAAGUUGGCUCGCAGGACAAGAUAUACUACAAGAUCUCCAACUUGGACGACCGGAUCAAAAAUCCGGACCAGAUGAUCACAGUCGAUAUACAGCGCUUCUCUAAUCAUCUUGCAGCCAUUUACUCCAACCUCGCAAAACCUCUAUUGGAUAUUACGCUCUACAACUACCAACUCUCCAAAAACGUAGGCGCUGAGUCGCUUGUGCUGUUAACCAUAUUCGUCAACUUAUCCGCGCGCGUCCUUCGCGCCAUCACUCCAUCAUUUGGAGCGUAUACCGCAGAGGAAGCUGCGCUCGCUGGAUCAUUAAGACAUACCCACUCCAGACUCGCAGAGGCAUCGGAAGAAAUUGCAUUCUAUGGAGGACAAGAGGUCGAAAAGCUUAUUGUAGAGAGAGAUUAUUACGGGCUGGUCAUGCAUGCGUCGCGCGUAUUGCGAAUCCGACUCUGGCACGGUGUCGCUGAAGAAUGGAUUAUCAAAUGGCUCUGGGGUAGCAUGGGUUUGGCUAUCUGUGCCAUUCCUGUCUUCUUCAAACUUCCUGGGAUCUCUUCGUCCGACCUGGGCACUCGAACAGAAGGGUUUGUCACCAACCGACGAAUCCUACUCUCAGCAUCGGACGCCUUUGAGCUCGCCGAGCUCGCUGGAUAUACGGCCCGUGUAUCCGAACUAUUUGAAACGAUGGAGGAGGUUCGAAAGUCAAAGUACGAAAAGGCUUUGGUCAGCAGUGCGAGCAUCGAGGAUAAUGCAAAAGUGCUGCAAGGACGGGGCGAAGUGUUUGAAUCAGAGGAGAUUGAAUUUGAGAACGUGCCAAUAGUUACACCGAAUGGUGACAUCCUCGUACGAAGUCUCAGCUUCCACGUCAAGCCAGGGCGGCACCUGUUGAUUGUGGGUCCAAAUGGCUGUGGCAAAUCAUCCCUGUUCCGCAUCCUCGGAGGUCUGUGGCCUGUAUACGGCGGUGUCGUACGCAAACCGCCGGCGGAAGAGUUUAUUUUGAUUCCUCAGCGGCCGUACUUGUCCCUCGGGACGCUCCGUGAUCAGGUGAUUUACCCUCAUGCCCCAGAGGAGAUGGCAGCUCGAGGCGUCACCGACGCGAAGCUACUCGAGAUUUUGCACAAGGUGCAGAUGGGCCAUAUCGUCGAGCGGGAGGGUGGCUGGGACGCUGCGCGAGAGUGGCACAGUACCCUCAGUGGAGGGGACAAGCAGAAGAUUGCUUGGGCUCGCCUGUUCUAUCACAAUCCUAAGUAUGCUAUUCUGGAUGAGUGCACGUCUGCUGUACCCUUGGAAGUGGAGCAAGUCCUCAUGGAGACUGCAACUCAGCUUGGGAUCACGUUGCUCACCGUGAGUCAUCGGCCAUCGCUGUGGAAAUAUCACCACACCAUCCUCCAAUACGACGGUCAAGGUGGAUACGUUUUCACUGAACUCGAUGCGGAAAAGAGGCUGGCAUGGCAGGAGGAGAAGCAGGCCCUGGACGCCAAACUAUUGGAAGUGAACAACAUGAAGGAGCGCCUUGCAGAACUCAAGGCACUAGUUGAAGAGCGAAACCAACGAUGA